UUAUUGGACCCAUCGUUGAUCGUAGGAAAGUCAGGGAGGCCGCAAGUGCCAGAGAAACGAGUGCAGGUCGGACCAGAACAAUACACACGGUAUGCCAAUUCGAAAUGGGGCCAGAAUAGCAGAAGCGGCGGGCCGGUAGUUGGGUAACUAAGCUCGCACAGAAGUAAAGCCUGUCAAAAUCAAGUGGCGGUGCAGCCAGUAGUUCUCGUUUGCCAGUAAGGAGCGUUAGCACGGUAUACGAUAUUGUCUCGAUUCGUCGCCGAUACGUAUUUGUCCCGAUUAAAUUUUUUAAGCGAUCUCGUGGUUCGACAAACCUUCGCUCCUCUGGUAUACUAUUUUUGUCUCGAUCUUUUUGUCGGUUUUGUGCCCGUUCUAAACACGCGAUUGGGUUGUUGUGACAGACGGAGUAGAGCAUGACGAGGAAACAAACGGUGAUCGUGAAGCUUAAGAGAUCCAGCGCCGGCAAACCUUGGGGAAUACGUAUCGCCGGAGGCGCUGAUUUGGGUACGCCGAUCGUCGUCACCCGCUCGGAGAACGAGGCGCUCCAGAGGGGUGACGUGAUCAAGAAAAUCGACGAUUACGACGCGCGAGACGUGAGGCACGUAGACGCCCAGAAUCUUCUUCAAAACUCUGAAUCUAUAAAGCUAGUAGUCGAAAGAGCCAAACCAACAAAAGUACCGUCGGAAUUGCCGAAGAGUCCUAUACCGCCGCCCACGAUCGACGAAUACAGUCGACCCACAACGCCACAGGAACCUUUUAAUUUACCGCACGAACAUCUCGAUGAAAUUCGCGAGGAGAAGGCUUAUUUGUCGCAGCCGUACCGCACAACUCCUCUGGUCUUGCCAGGUGCCAAGAUCAAAAAGGAUGCUCCACUCGGUGAGUGCUACCUUCGCCAUCAUCCGAAUCCGAUGAUUCGGGCGGCUCCUCAUCAUUACGAACCAGCUCAUCCCGAAGUUGCUAUGAAACAAAAGGUGGCGGAAUCGGUACUUCAACGCGUCUUGGGACCGAACGAAGUUCCAAAGGUGGUGCAUAAGCAAUUUAACUCGCCGAUCGGUCUCUACUCCGAACAAAAUAUCGCCGAUACCAUUAAGUGCCAGGCAUCCGCCAUACCCCUGAAGAAACCAGUCAAGUACGACCCGAGUAAAAGCGAGGCAUACAAGGCUCUGCAAGAAGAAGCUCUUGGUGACACGGUGCAGGAAGUGAAGCAACCGGCGCGCACCGGUGUUUUCUCUCCACAGAAAGUCAAUCAAAACAGGGUACACCACGCUCGACCGAAAAGUCCUGCCGGAUCAUACAUAAAUGUUCUCGAGGACGACGGUGAGAAGAUCCACCAAAGUAAUAGCUUCAAGAGGAUCAUGUACAGUGUGCUGGGACAAACAGAUUAUUAAUUUCUAAAUUGACGUUAUAAAUAUAUUUUAUUUAUAAUAUAUAAUUA